AAAAUGUAUCGGCAGAAAUCGACAAGAUUGACUGACCAAACAACGUGAUCAACGAUGUCUCGAGCAGAGCUCAACAAGUAUUGCGUCUGUGGUGGCUGUUGAAGUGGGCAUGGACCCUGCGAGUCACUCAACGCUUGCGAUGACCAUGCCAGAAUCUUGAGCAUACUAAUCUCUUAUGAUGCACAAAUGGUUACAAUCCAGAUCACCAACAUCGGGAGGGCUGCUGUCACGGAAGUCACAUGCCAUAUGAUCUUGUUCGCAUGCUUCUCUCGGGUUAUGGACCGCGAGGUGCGGCAGCAACUGAGAAAGCAGAAGCAACUCGCUGUCUUGGUAGUUGAGGAACGUCACUCAAUAGCCGACGACUUCUGCAAGCUCGUCGCCUGGUGUUAUACCGGACAGUUGGGGGACGAGCAGAUGACCGAUCUCCACCGCGGCAACGCGGCCGAGAGACUCUGGAAUCUAGCGGCGGACCUCGAGAUGCCCGAGUUUGCAAAUUACUGCAUGCGUGCCAUCCUGACCAAACACACGCACUCGAUGGGUGAUGGCGGCGACGAUCUGGUUUUCAAGGGUAACGAGGCACCGUACGAGCACUACGGUCUGCUUCACGUCCAUCGGCACAAUCGAGCGGAUCCCUUCCGGGAUAGCGCGCGAGCAAGAAUUCUGUGCUUUAUGCAACGGCUCCUGGAAACACAUCCUCCUAUGAGCAGAGUCGCCUUAGUCUCAACCAAGAACCGCUUGGAAUACGAGCGGGGGUGGUACAAAGCCAUGUCGAAUGAUAUGACAUUCGGUCUUAUGGAUCAAGACUUAUGCCACGGACGAGCCCAAGAAGGCCAAUGGUGGAUCGAGCAGUGGGAUGACUUGAUGAUUCGCACCGUGAGCUGCGGCGCCGACUCUUGGAAGGCUCAACGCUGGGACGUAAUUCAUGGGGAGGCAUGUCCUCACGUUCUUGAACCGGUCACUGUGACGAGGAAGCUCCGAUGUAAGGGCGAUGGCCGACAUUUCGAUCUCAGUCCUUUCUACUGUAAAGUGCCCAGGAUGAUAGUGGGGAAUGACAGCAGAGCAAGACAAGUUGAGGCGACCUGGGAAUUAGUACGCACUGAUCACAAGAAAGUGGCGGACGACUCUUGGGGUAUAUGGCGUGGCGUGCAGCAGAGUCUAUAUAAUCGAUGGGACAAAGAAGUGCGAGCAGGAAGGAAGCGAGACUUCGAUGUGGCAUUCGAUGAUACCGAAAACGAAGCAUCAACGGAGGAGUCGGUAUCAGAGGAUGAGUUUUCCACUCCUCACCGGUACCCUCGUGAGCUCAGUGAGGACGACAACGAGUCACUCUUUGAGCAGAAAGUUGCACCAGAGGCAGAAGAUUUUUUGAAUGACAAGUAUACGCCUGAGCACGAUGAGGGUGAUGAGGGUGAUGGGGACGAGGACGAGUUAUUGUUCCUACAAGAGAUCGCCUUGGAGAAAGAAGGCGAUUAUUGCGUCCCUAAACUUGAACCCAAUGACGCCGGUGACCUUUGUCUCAAUUUGAUUUGACUCGAUGGAGGAUUUGAGCGCGCAGGUCCGUGGGCUGAAGAGAUAGCAGUUCGCAUGCGUACCUCAAAUGACUUAACUAACGUUCGGUAAGAAAGAAUCAUACUUAUAUGCUGUCUAGAGCCCUAAUACCAUGCGCAUCUUGGCAGUGCACGUACCUAAAUACUGGC